AUGAAUACAUUUUCCGUGUGCAUGCUGUUCGCCCUGGCGGCGAUGGCUGUAGCUGAACCACCAUCCGGAUACUCAUACAACAGGCCAUCAGGCGGCGGUGGCUUCAGCGGCGGAUUCAGCGGUGGAUUCGGUGGUGGUUUCGGUGGCAGCGGCGGCGGCCUUAUCGGCGGUGGCCCAUACCACGCCGUCAGCUCUGGAUACCAAACCUCCGAAGGACAACAAGUAGACCCUCUGCUUUUGGAACAGAUCAAACAGAUAUUGUUACGUGAAGAAAGCCAAUCUGGAGGCGGUGGUUUCGGAGGUGGUUUCGGAGGCGGUCACGGAGGUGGCGUCAGCUCAUCCUACGGACCCCCAUCAUCAAGCUACGGAGUCCCACACGGAGGCGGCGGUCGCGUCGUAGGAAUCGACUUCGCCGGAGUGCGACAAGCCGUCCAAGUCGCUCAAUACAACCAACAAUCAUCCGGCGGCGGCGGACACGGAGGUUACCCAAGCGGUCCAUCCAGCUCCUACUCGGCACCUUCCAGGCCGAGCGGAAGCUACGGCGCUCCAUUCUAGACGCCUUCGAACCGCGCGCUAUUGUACCGUCUGCUCAUCGUAUCGUGAUCGCCUAUCCGACAUUAGUUGCAAUAUAACAUCGGCCCAAAAUCUACAGUGACAAACGAAUCGACAGCCACGAACGCCCACCGCAAAGGACGGCAGCUGCUCGGAUGGAGGAUCACGAUACAGGUCUCCUUUCCCAACAUAAAGGGGACCUUAAACAUUGUUAACACGCUAUUUUCGUUGACCUGACAUCUCUA